AUGCAAGCGGCGGAAUUGCCAGGAACAGUCCUCACCAAUAAAGCUUCGAAUAACGGUAUCUCCGCCUGGGUGUUCAUGGAUAAAGUUUGUGCAAUCGUAGACAAUGUUGUCAAUGACAAUCCAGACGAGAAGCGGUCCCCCGCAGGUGUCAUAUGCUUGUUGGCGAACUCGAUCGGCGGGAAUGAAGGUGACCGGUUUGACGUUCGGUUCGACCGAGCAUGGUUUUUGGUAUUGGUGGCGGAUGCUGAGCCAGCCCAUCUUGAAAGGGAAUUGUAUAACUACAUUAUGGCGAAUCUUUCAUGGAUGUCUCCAGACUACCCCGUCGACAAAUACAAUGGUCCGCCACGAAAUGUUGCCUAUAUCGAUCAGGUGAACUUCGAUCCCUCCCUUCAGCCAAAACACUACGAAAUUGCUGGCACCGACCCAAACUCGAAGGUCCUCAUACUAGACGUAGAGAUUAUUGAUGCGACAGGUCGUGAACCGUACCGUGGCGACGUGCUCAUCAUUGGCCAGAAGUUUGCUCGAGUAGGGAACGUUCCAAACAAGGAUGCUCUCCUGGCUGAUUCCAAAGUUCGCGUUUUCUAUGGAAAAGGUCGUACUUUGAUGCCCGGUAUGGGGGAUGCUCAUACACACUUCACUUGGAACGGUGGAGAUUUGGAUGCGCUAGGAGAUCUUGGCGUUGAGGAGCAUACUCUCCUUACUGCUAGAAGUGCAGAGUGCUAUCUGGAUUCUGGAUACACAAUGUGCUUUGGGGCAGCCUCGGCGAAAAAGCGUCUCGAUGUUGUCAUUCGAGAUGCAAUUAACGCAGGUGAUAUUCCAGGGCCAAGGUAUCUAGCAAAUGGUAUGGAGAUGGCUCGAAGAGGAGGUGAACUUGUUGGAGGUAUCACUGCUUUUGCAGAUGGCCCUGAAGAAAUGCGAAAAGUAAUCCGAGAACAUGUCGAGAUUGGAGUUGAUCAAAUCAAACUUUCUAUGUCUGGAGAGUCGAUUACCGAGAUUCGAGAUGCGGAAGAUUGUUACUUUACGCCAGAGGAAACAGCUGCAUGUGUCGAUGAAGCGCACAAAUAUAACAAGAGGGUUUGCUCGCAUGCUCGAGCACGAGACUCGGUCAAACAAAGUAUUGACCACGGAGUCGAUGUGAUCUAUCAUGCCUCCUAUAUUGACGAAGAGGGAAUGGAUGCCCUUGAAAGGAACAAGUCUAAGCAUAUUGUUGCACCCGGGAUUAACUGGAUCAUUGCAACCCUCAAAGACGCAGCCAUGUUCGGAUAUUCGACCGAAAAGGCCGAACAAGUGGGUUAUCAAAAAGAACUCGAAACUGCAGAACGGGGCAUGCGGGAAAUGCAUCGGCGAGGAAUUGUCGUUCUACCUGGAGGAGACUAUGGCUUUGCCUGGACACCACAUGGUACCUAUGCCCGUGAUCUCGUCCACUUCGUGGAGCGCUUUGGUUUCACACCCCAUGAGGCCAUCAUCGCGGCAACGUAUGGGGUUGCAAAACUGUUCAUGCGUUCCCACGAGAUGGGCCAGAUUAAAGAAGGCAACUACGCCGACUGUGUUGUGGUGGAUGGGAAGCCCUUGCAGAACAUCGCAAUUUUGCAGGAACAUGACCUGCUCAACAUUAUUAUCAUCAACGGCCGCAUUCAUAAAGCCGGUCGUAAAGAAUAUGUACUUCCAGCCCAGGACGCGACUGGUGUGCACUCGAUGACGAACGAGAUGGCCCGGGUUGGGAUGCGAGGGCAAACCCAGACUGCAUUUUAA